UUCGAGUUGUGGUGGGAUUGGGUGGGAUUUUAUUUGCAAAGUAAAUAGUGAUCACUUUUAGUUUCUUCACGGCGGUGCAGGGCUAGCUCAAGUUAUGUUGCGACUUACGGCUCUGCUCUGACAGCCUCUGACAGCAACGACAGAAGGUUGAAGGCCAACACACGAAUCGAAGAUAUGUUUGGUUUAUAAUUUCCGUGCUUGCUGUUCACUUUCUUGAAACUGAGCUGCCUUUUGCCAGAAAAUUGGAUAUUUUAUCUUGAUGAAUUCCAGUGACACCUAUUCAAGCGCGAUGGGGCCGCAGGAGGUGGUUUGGCUGCGCGUGCGGGGCCGUGACGGUGAGCGCCAGAUCCGGAAGAAGCUGCGCGUCUCGCUGCGUCAGCUGGCCACCUUGGACCUGGCGCAGUUCCGUCUGUUCCUGAAGGAGAAGUUGGAGCUGGAGCGCUCGCCGUCCGUGUCCUACAGUGACGACGAGGGAGAUGAGAUCCCAGUGACGAGCGACAGUGAGCUGAACGUGAUGGUCUACAUGGCCGAGAUGCUGGCGCGUCAGAGCUGCGCGCUGGAGGUGCGGCUGCGCGAGCGGACCUCGCCGAACACCUCCUCGGGCGCCACGGGCAGCGGCGAGCCGUCGCUCACCUCUGCGCGCCAGCUGGCCAAGCGGGACGGACAGCGGGUGGGCAGCGCCGAGCGGGCGCUGCGGCGCCAGGAGCGGCGCCGCUGCGAGCUGCACGCGGCCCGAGAGCCGCGCCGGCCGCCGCAGCAGCUCGACGUGCGUCCCGUGCCGGCCGCUCCGGCCGACCCGCUCUGGGCGCGCGUGGACGCCUGGCAGCAGGCGUGUAUGGCCGGCGGUACAGAGACACCCGAGGACGGCUGGCGACCGCCCCACCAGCAGCCGGAGGUGGCGCACCUGGAGCAGCCCAGUCGCGGCCAGCCGCUGCCGCCGCCGCCGCCGGCCGGCCACCAGACGCUGCCGGCCACUGCGCACAAGCGCGAGAAGAGGCGCGACAUCCCGCCCUGGUUCGCCAGCUUUAUGGGACAGUUCCAGAAGGAGCUGGUCUCGGAGGUGGUGACGGCAGUGAAGUCGGAGCUGGCCAACGCUCCGGUCUGCCUGUGUGGGGCUCCGCGCGCCACAGACUCCGACCAGGCGGCCGGCGGUGCCGAGCCAGAGGAGCAGCGGCCGGCGAGCUCGUCAGUCGCGGCCAGCUCGCUGACUCAGCCGGACGGACUGACCGGGACGCCGCAACGGGUGGCCGAGCCGCCCGUCUCCGACCCAAUCUCCAUGCCGGGCAAGACGCGCGGCCUGCCGCCGGCGCCGGCCUCCUCCCCAGUCCCGGCUAAAGACGCGUCCACCGGUACAGCUGCGGUCCCCGCCGUGGAGAAGGCGGACACCGGGGUGCAGACGACCCCUCCGACGGUGCCGGCCGACGGUCCGGACUGGCUGCGGUCUCUGCUGAGCUCCUCUGAGUCGCCUGCCGCCGCUGCUGCCGCUGCUGAUACUGCGCCGGUGGAUCGGUACGGUCUAUUCUCCGUGUCCGAUUCGUCCCCCAGCGGCGCGGGCGUGUCGUACGGCUCCGGCGGCUCGGUGGCCGGCGUACACAGCGGAGUGACCGUGUACAGCGCCGGUGGCCGCUCGGUGGAGACCACGGCGGCCACGGGCGGCGGCCGGCCGGCGCUGCUGCGCUCCGCCUACAGCGUGCCGGCCGGCCGGCCCCAGCCGCGGCCGCGCCGCCGCCCCACGGAUGUGGAUGAGGCCGACAGCUGCAUGCUGGUGAUGGUGGAGCACUCGGCAGCCGAGCUGGAGCCGUUCUCUGGCGCGGCCGCCGCGCCGGACGACGUCCUGGUCGGACCUGAGACGGAGCAGAGCCGGCCGGAGGAGACCUCCGCCGCCGCGCCCCAGCCGGAGGAGACGGUUCGGGAGGAGGGAGAGGGCCGGGAGGAGGAGCGGGAGGGCCAGGAGGUGCACCCGCCCGUCACCGUGGCCCAGUGGCUGGCCAGCGAGCCCCCGACGCCGCCCGCCGCAACCGUCGGCGACCCGGAACUGGAGACGGUUGUCAAGCAACCAGCGGCGGCGCCGGAGCCACAGGAGUCGCGCCAGGAGCAGGAGGCACACACGGAGCAGGAGUCACAGCAGAAACAGCGGGAGCCUGCUCCGGUUCAGGAGCAGCCGCGGGAGCAGGAGCCGGACCAGGAGCCGGAGCUGGAGGAGGGCUUUGUCACGGUGAACGGACGUCGGCUCAGUCUGUCCGAGGACGACUUCUCCGACAUCGUCAUCAUCUCGUCUCCGGGCGGCUCGGAGCGCUUCGAAAUGGUCGAGGAGGUGGCCGAGGAGCUGGAGGAGGCGCUGACACAGCACCAGCGGCAGGUGCAGCAGCUGCAGCAGGAGCGACAGCAGCAGCAGCAGCAGCAGCAGCAGCAGCAGGUGCAGCAGCAGGCUGAGCCGCCAGUGCAGGCCACGUCUGACGCCGCUGGUGACCCGAUGAUGGUCUCUGCGCUCUCGGAUCGUUGGGUGGACGCCGCUGCCUCGCUCGAGGACUCGGGCAGUGCGGGAUCGCUGAGCGGCUGGGCGGCCAGCUCGGCCGGCUCAGAGCUGCUGCGCUCCACCUGCGAGAGCGCCCCGGCCGCCUGUCACAUCGCCAUCAGCUCUCCGGCGGCCGGCGCCGCCCAGACCACCGUCUCGCUGCCGGCCGGCGUCAAAUUGUCGCCGGUGUCGGCCGGUGCGCACCAGCCGCCCAUCCCUGAGCAGCCGGCCGGCGGUGAGGCGGCGGGAACAGAGACGGAGCAGGAGCAGGAGACCCACCAGGAGACAGUACAGGAGACGCAGCAGGAGACCCAGCAGGAGACAGUACAGGAGACUCAACAGGAGACCCAGCAGGAGACAGUACAGGAGACGGAGCAGGAGACGGAGCCGCAGCAGCCGCCGAGUGUGGCCGGCGCCGAGUCGGCCGGCCUGGUGUCGCUCAUGGACCCGCUGUCGGCUCUUUCCGAGCCGCUGCUGCGCCGGCUGGCCGAGAGUCUGCAGCUGGUCCCGGAGAGCCGUCAGAUGCAGCUGGCGUCGGCACUGACCGGUCGACGCUCCGUCGAGGCGUUCUGGGCGAGCCUGGUCGAGUCGGCGGCGGCGGCCGGCCGCUCGCCCAUGGAGGAGCUGCUGCACGACCAGGCGGCGCGGCCGGCCGGCGUCGGCGUCCUGGCUGACGCGCUCGACACCAUGCUGCGCCACAUCAAGGUGUCGGCCACCUCGAGCUCCCAGCUGGACGGGAUGGGCGCGCAGGCGGUCAAACACGCGCUCUGCCUGCUGCGGGACGCCGUCAGGGCCGAGGAGAAGACGGGCCAGGAACCGGAGGUAGCUGCCGCCGCUGAACGAGUCUGGACGCCGCCGCGGAUGGACGAACUGCGCCGCGAGCGGCAGCGGGAGGCGCCCCGGGAGACGCCCCGGGAGACGCCCCGGGAGACGCCCCGCCAGCAGCAGCCGGAGCCGGAGCCGGCGCCCCGCCAGGAACCGCCUUCUGGACAGCAGCGGUCGUCCUCCGGCUCCCCCACCGGCUCCCCCACGGGCCCGUCCUCCCCGGAGCCGGCACUGGACGUGCCCACCUGGCUCUCCAGCCUGGUGGGCCUGCUGCCGGAGCGGGUGCUGAACAUGCUGACACAGGGCCACCGGCGCGGCGUCCGCGAGAGCACGCCCAGUGAGGUGGAGGCUCUGGUGAUCACUCGGCUGGUCGAGAUGGGCUUCUACGACCUCGACAGGAUGCGCGAGCUGUUCGCGCAGCUCGGCGCCGACGUCGGCCUGAUCGCGUCCCACCUGCUCGACGCCGAGGUGUAGCUCGACCGGGGGACCGUGGUAAACUUCAGCCAAGGUGGCCCCAGCUGGAAGACGGCCGAUUUGGGCGGGGAGCUUAGUCUAGAGGGUGAUCCAUUUGACGAUAGGUGAAGCCUCUACGGCUCAAAGGAAUUCGCCUGAUGUUUAGUUUUUCUCUGCUAGCGUGGGUGUAGUGCUGUGUUUCUGCGCAGAGGUCUUAUGCUAAGCACCGCAUUAGAUGGCUUUCAAUAAUUCUGACCCGUGGACUUCAGUUCUUGUCUGAAUGCGGGAAUAUUUUCGGCGCUGCGCUGCGGGCGAAAACGCCAGAUCGGUGAAACGUGGACCAGAUAAGGCGCUGUGAGAUCGGACCGAGCUGCGAGAACCAGAGAGGAGGGACCGCCGGGCACGGACAGAGCCUCCAGCAUCUGCUCCAGAGACCUCUGCACGAACAUCCUACACUGCUGGACAGACUGAAUGAAGUGGUAACGACAGACGCGUCUGUAAGCUGGCUGUGAGUUGCGGCACUAAAGGCAGGUGGAGAGGAAUUGCUUGCUUGCAGGCGGGCUGAGGAGGCUCGCCAUGGGAUAGUUGACAUCACCGGAAUACUGAGGUGAGAUUGACCAAUAUGGAACUCAUCCACGGCUGGCGUCCUGCCCACCCGGCUGAACAGAUCUGCUGGCAGAGCUGAAUCAAAGGGAUAAAACCAGGAGGGACCGACAGGAAGACGGCAUUAUUGGCGACAAGUGGCUGGUAAUCACCCGAAACAUCGAGUAACUCGUGUUCAGUGGACAGCGCCGCCGACAGGACAUUGAACAGGCGAGAGUUCACAAAGUGAGAGCAGCAGGCGGCGGGGUCUGCCGCGGCAGAGACACGAGUGAGAUGUCGGACCGUCAAGACUGUUGAUAAAGUGGUCAGAGGUGUCCAGAAACGCCUGGUUUGGUGUCGUUGGAUUGGGACGUUUCUUUAGCUCAGUUGUGUCUUUUAAGCGAUUUCGAUUUCGAGCUGUAAUCGAUCCUGAGACGAAUAUUUUGUGGAAAUUAUCGAAGCGUCCACGAUGUGAACGAGCGCUUUAAUUUUAGAACUUAGAAGUGGGGCUGUGCUGUGGGGCGCCGGGUUGUGGAGUAAUGUUUAUUGUUUUGUUGUUGUAGUUCAGUCUGGUAUUAGACUUAAUCCUUACAUAUGGGGCACUCUAACCAGUUGUUCGGUGUAAUAACUGAGAGUGUAGAGCCUGGAAAUAUUUUCUUCUCUGCGUUUUAACCACGCUUCCUAGCCUCGCUUCUCACCGUGCAUAGAUGCAGCUGCAUUUUAAAUCACGGAAUGAUGUCACAUUUACCUUGCGGUUCUGAUAAGAUUGUAUAUUUUGGCCUUUCAUGGGAACUAUACGAAUCGAACUAUUUUAUCCUAGAUACAGAGUGUUGCGUGGCGGCGACUCUCGCUGCACUUUACUCGCGGCGGGCGCACAUGGCGUCUGUAGGUGUGCUAGCUGUAUUUGUCAGUGGGUGUAGAUGUCGCUGGUCUGCCCUCGUGGUAACCGCGGUACACCGGCCGGCACGGAUGGCCCGAGAGCCGCCCAGCUAACAUCCCCGGCCCGGCUUAUAUCUGGUCUGCCAGUCGCCGUCAGUCCCGGCUCGGGCGAGAGGCAACGCUGGUUCAUAAAGCUGGUGAACUCAUAAUGCCAGAACACGAAACAAAUUGACAGCACUUCACCCUCACUGAUGUUUCCGUGAUUUGACGUCGUUAUCCAGACAGAGAAAUCUCGUAUACCUCAAAGAAAUCCCUUUAAAAAUAAUUGUUCUGGUAUUCUGAAUUUGCCAGCUCUGUGCACUGGGGCUGCAUCUCACCAACUGUGGGUCGGUGACCGAGGCUGUGGGCCCGGUCAGGUCUGUGCCGGGAAGGGCCGUCGGUCCGGUGUACCGGUCGGCCCGGGAGCAGUGAGUCGGAGACGCCCCGACGGAGCAGUCGGAGGCUGUCCCUCCCCGCGCUCAGCCGCCUCUGUAGACCUCUGAAUACAGCGCACGCUGACCAAA